GAUAAAUUUACCUCAGUUUGGUUUCUCUUUAGCCCUCGCGUUCCAUCGCUUCCCGCCGCCGUUCGUCUUCUCUCCGUCAUCCAUGGGUUUUCAAGAACCGGACUUCGCUGCCGAUGACGACGCCGACCAGGCGGAGGCGCUGGCGAUUGGUGCAAACUCUAAGGCGGAGCUGAAGAGGAGGCGUAAGCAGGCGAAGAAGGCCAAGUCCGGUGGCUUUGAGUCGCUAGGGCUUUCGCCGGAGAUCUUCCGUGGUGUUCGCCGGAAGGGAUACCGUGUACCCACGCCGAUCCAGCGCAAGACCAUGCCGCUUAUCCUCGCAGGCUCCGACGUUGUCGCUAUGGCUCGCACUGGUUCUGGAAAGACUGCUGCUUUCCUCAUCCCUAUGCUCCAAAAGCUUCGGCAACAUGUGCCGCAGAGUGGUGUGCGGGGGCUCAUCUUGUCGCCCACUAGGGAUCUCGCUUUGCAGACGCUCAAGUUCACCAAGGAGAUUGGGCGUUUCACUGACCUUCGUACUAGUUUAUUAGUUGGCGGUGAUAGCAUGGAAAACCAGUUUGAAGAAUUGGCACAGAACCCUGAUAUUAUAAUUGCUACUCCUGGUCGGCUUAUGCACCAUUUAGCUGAGGUUGAGGGCAUGUCCUUGCGUACUGUGGAAUAUGUGGUUUUUGAUGAAGCUGAUUCUCUCUUUGGCAUGGGCUUUGCUGAACAGUUGCACAAAAUUCUUACACAGCUAAGUGAGACUCGCCAAACAUUGCUAUUCAGUGCUACUUUGCCAAGUGCACUUGCUGAGUUUGCAAAAGCUGGCUUACGUGAUCCACAGCUUGUGAGGCUAGAUUUGGAGACAAAGAUCAGCCCUGAUCUCAAACUCAUCUUCUUUACCUUACGCCAUGAAGAGAAACACGCUGCUUUACUAUAUUUAGUCCGGGAGGUUAUCAGUUCUGAGCAGCAAACCUUGAUUUUUGUCUCUACAAAGUAUCAUGUGGAGUUUCUUAAUGUUCUUUUUCGACAGGAGGGCAUUGAGCCUUCUGUCUGUUAUGGUGAUAUGGAUCAUGAUGCCAGGAAGAUCCAUCUGUCAAGGUUUAGAGCCAGGAAAACUAUGCUACUAAUUGUUACCGAUAUUGCUGCCAGGGGCAUUGAUAUUCCGUUACUUGAUAAUGUUGUGAACUGGGACUUCCCUCCAAAGCCGAAAAUUUUCGUUCACAGAGUGGGCCGAGCAGCUCGUGCUGGUAGAACUGGUAGUGCUUAUUCAUUUGUAACAAACGAUGACAUGCCAUACCUCUUGGACCUCCAUCUUUUCCUUUCAAAACCUCUUAUCCCUGCUCCAACUGAGGAGGAACUUCUCCAUGAUAUGGAGGGGGCUUAUUCAAAAAUUAAUGACGCACUUGCAAACGGGCAGACAGUAUAUGGGCGUUUUCCUCAAACAGUUAUUGAUCUUGUUUCUGACAGGGUUAAAGAGAUAGUUGAUGGAUGCUCAGAAUUAGUGGCAUUGGAGAAACCAUGCUCAAAUGCUUUCCGGUUGUAUUCGAAGACAAAACCUUUACCUUCCAGGGAAUCUAUCAGACGUGCCAAGGAUUUUCCUCGUCCAGGUCUUCACCCAAUGUUUAAGGAUACAUUGGAAUCUAAUGAACUUGCAGCACUUGCAUUUUCUGAAAGGCUAAAAGCAUUUAGACCAAAGCAAACCAUUUUGGAGGCUGAAGGGGAAGCGUCUAAGUCAAAACAUCCUCAAGGUCCAAAUCAGUGGCUUGAGGUAAUGAGAAAGAAAAGAGCAGUACAUGAGGCGGUCAUCAAUUUGGUACAUGAAAAGCAAUCUAGCAAUCAAGUGGCACAGGAAAUAAUUCCAGAUACCGCUAAUUUGAAGCAUCAAGAGAAAAAAGAAGUUUGUGGUUUCAAAAGGAAGGAAAUGAGCUUUAAGGAUGAUGAGUUCUACAUAAGUUCGGUGCCCAUGAAUCAACAUUUGGAGUCUGGGCUAUCAGUGAAGGGAGGCCGAGGAUUUGAAUCAAACAAAUUUGAGGCUGCUGUUCUUGAUCUAGUAGCAGAUGAUAGUUCUGGUAUGCAGAAACAUAAAUCGGUGUAUCACUGGGACAAGAGAAGUAAAAAAUAUGUCAAGUUGAACAAUGGUGAACGGGUAACAGCUGCUGGAAAGGUCAAGACAGAAAGUGGAGCAAGAGUACAAGCUGGCAAAACUGGAAUUUACAAGAAGUGGAAAGAAAGAUCACAUAAGAAAAUAUCUUUUAAUGGGAGUGGGGAACCGAAUGAUGAUAGAAUCGGUUCAUCAGGAAAUAAUCAAAUGCGAGGAAAUAGGAGGCAUUUUAAAGGAGGGAGGAAUCACUUUUCGGUGCCAAAUGCAAAUGCACCAUCUGAGCUAAGAAACAUGGAGCAAGUGCGAAAGAACAGACAACACGAAGUCAGCAGGAUCGCUCGCUUGAAGAACAAGUCGAAAGGUAAUAAAAGUCAUGGCAACAAGAAACGGGGAAAGCAGCGAAAGAACUAAAACUUGUUUUUUUUCGUCUCGAAAAUACGACUUCUUGAUCAGAAAAAAGGAUCAGAAGCGUGGUGAAAUCUUUGAAUUGGCACUUCAUUACAGCUUAUCUUCUACUACCAUACCAUAUGUUAUUCUUCAGUUUGUCAACCGGAAAGUUUUGUUUAUUUGUUUGUUCUUCAGUUUAGAAAAUUGCCCAAAGCAUGUUCCCGUCUUGUGUAUCAUCAUGUCAAGUAUGUUUUUCUUUUAGACAUUAUGUAUCAAUCAUGAGAAAUGGAAAUUGGCCUUGUCAAAUGAUUUAA